UGUUUGAGAAAAUACCUCUCAUACACCACUAAGAAGUUUAAAUUCCUCUGGGAGUUGAUGUACAGAUCACUGGUUCACGCGUCUCGCUGCGCAUCACUGAAUUUUGUAUAGUUUUCACAGGCCGCGGCCAGUCGCUAAGUGUAUAAUGGAUCUAUAUGUAUUUAACGGUGGGGCUGUGGCAGGGUGCGCAGUGUGCGCAGGCAACCCGGACGCCAAGCGACUGUACGACGACCUGCUGAGCAACUACAACAAGCUGGUGCGGCCCGUGCUGAACGUGAGCGACGCGCUCACCGUGCGCAUCAAGCUCAAGCUCAGCCAGCUCAUCGAUGUCAAUCUCAAAAACCAGAUAAUGACGACAAACCUAUGGGUCGAGCAGAGUUGGUUCGAUUACAAGUUGUCGUGGGAGCCUCGCGAGUACGGCGGCGUGGAGAUGCUGCACGUGCCCUCCGACCACAUUUGGAGGCCCGACAUAGUGCUGUAUAACAACGCCGACGGCAACUUCGAGGUGACGCUGGCCACCAAGGCGACACUGAACUACACGGGCCGCGUGGAGUGGCGCCCGCCCGCCAUCUACAAGUCCUCCUGCGAGAUCGACGUCGAGUACUUCCCCUUCGACCAGCAGACGUGCGUCAUGAAGUUCGGCUCGUGGACAUACGACGGCUUCCAGGUGGAUCUGCGGCACAUCGACGAGGCGCGCGGCACCAACGUCGUCGAGCUGGGCGUCGACCUCUCCGAGUUCUACACUUCAGUGGAAUGGGACAUCCUGGAAGUACCUGCAGUCAGGAACGAGAAGUUCUACACGUGCUGCGACGAGCCCUACCUGGACAUAACGUUCAACAUCACGAUGCGCCGCAAGACGCUCUUCUACACGGUGAACCUGAUCAUCCCGUGCAUGGGCAUCUCCUUCCUGACCGUUCUCGUCUUCUACCUGCCCUCGGACAGCGGCGAAAAGGUCUCGCUCUCCAUCUCCAUCCUGCUCUCGCUGACGGUGUUCUUCCUGCUGCUGGCGGAGAUCAUCCCGCCCACCUCGCUCGUCGUGCCGCUGCUCGGCAAGUUCGUGCUCUUCACGAUGAUCCUCGACACCUUCAGCAUCUGCGUGACUGUGGUGGUGCUGAACGUGCACUUCAGGUCGCCGCAGACGCACACGAUGGCGCCCUGGGUGCGCCGCGUCUUCAUCCACGUGCUGCCGCGUCUGCUGGUCAUGCGGCGCCCGCACUGCCGCCUCGACCCGCACCGGAGCCGCUUUGCGGGCAUAGUGGCCCGCGAGGCCAUGGAGCUGACGUGUGCGGAGAGCGGGGCGGGCGGCGUGUGCCGGCUGCACGCGGCGCGGGCGGGCUCGCGGCCGGGCUCGCCGCCGGGCGCGCUGGGGCCGCUCGGCGCGGGCUCGGCCGACGCGCCCGCACUGUGCGCCGCGCUGCGCCGGUGGCACCGCUGCCCGGAGCUGCACAAGGCCAUCGACGGCAUCAACUACAUCGCGGACCAGACGCGCAAAGAAGAGGAAUCCACUAGGGUGAAAGAGGACUGGAAGUACGUGGCGAUGGUGCUGGACCGGCUGUUCCUGUGGAUCUUCACGCUGGCCGUAGUCGUGGGCUCGGCCGGCAUCAUCCUGCAAGCGCCUACGCUGUACGACGAGCGCGCGCCCAUCGACGUGCGCCUCUCGGAGAUUGCCUACGCAGCUGCCAAGCCCCGCCCGCCGCCGCCGCCCCGCUGACACCCCCCUCUCCCACACCUCUUUCCCACCUCCUCCACA